AUGUCCUAUGUCACCGCACAGACGGUCUGGAUGACCCCAACGCCCUCCAGCAUCCAAGACCUACUGCAAGACUUCUUCGUUAUUGCAGACACACCAGACCCCGAAGCCGGCAACCUCUGGGCCGAUCGAGUGUUUCAAUCCGACGCCAGCUUGGUAACAAGUCAAGGGGCAAUCUCAGGUGAACAAGCCAUCAGGAAUUCUCGAAAGCAUGCAUGGGAUGCGAUCAAGUCAAGGAAGCAUUUCAUACGCCGCGCAUACGCCGGUGGCCAGAAUGCCGAAGAUAUCAUGAUCCAUGGUGAUAUGCACGCCACGAUCCGGAGCACUGGGCAGGAAAUCAGCGUUCCUUUCGCAGCACGAUUCGUCGUGGGCAAAGACAGCAUUGGUUCCGGGAAGCCAAAGCUCUCAUCAUAUGAAGUCUGGGCCGACUCUGCUCCCUUGGCAUCUGCUCUUCAGCAAGCGAACGCCAAAUGA